AUGGGCUGCCACGGCCACAUCUCGGGCUUGUUCCGGCGUAACCUGCAGCCCACGCUCACCUACUGGAGCGUCUUCUUCAGCUUCGGCCUCUGCAUCGGCUUCCUGGGGCCCACGGUGUCCGACCUGCGCUGCCAGACUCACAGCUCGCUGCCCCAGAUCUCCUGGGUUUUUUUCUCGCAGCAAUUCUGUCUCCUGCUGGGCAGCGCUCUGGGGGGCAUCUUCAAGAAGACGCUGGCCAAGUCACUGUGGGUCCUCUUCACCUCAUCUCUGACCAUCUCACUAGUGUUUGCUGUCAUCCCCUUCUGCCAAGAUGUGAAGGUGUUGGCUACAGUCAUAGCUAUAGCUGGUCUGGCCAUGGGAUUCAUAGACACAGUGGCCAACAUGCAGUUGGUGAAGAUCUACCAAAAGGAUUCUGCCGUCUUCCUCCAGGUUCUCCAUUUUUUCGUUGGCUUUGGAGCCCUUUUGAGCCCCCUCAUCGCUGACCCCUUCCUUUCUGAGGCUGAUUGUGUGCCAACCAAUGCCACGAACCAUGACAGAAGCGGCAGCCCCCAUUUCCAAAAAAUCUUGACACCCCAACAUCCUCUGUCCAACCUGACCCGCCAUGAGCUGCCUGCCCAUGCCUGGGUAGGGAAUCAGAUGUCUUAUGCCUUCUGGAUCAUGGCCUUGGUAAAUCUACCAGUGCCCAUCUCAGUUCUGUUCCUGCUGUCCAAGGAACGGAUGGUGCCCUGUUGUCCAAGGAAAAAACCUCUGCUCCUAACUGCUGAUGAGCUUUCCCUCCAAAUGGAGCCACCUGAAAAAGAAGACUCCUCUUCUCAGCCAAAAGCACAGUCAGAAAGAGGUCAUGGAAACCUGUUUAUCUGUUGUCAGAAGAAUUUUCGUGGUGCCCCUUGCUCCUUCUUUGCCAUUCACAUCACUGCAGCACUGGUGCUAUUCAUGACUGAUGGAAUCAUGGGUGAAUAUUCCGCCUUUAUAUACACUUAUGCAGUAGAUGAUCCACUCUUCGUAGGACAUAAGGUGGCUGGCUACCUUCCCAGCAUCUUCUGGGGUUCUGUCACCUUAGGCCGACUCAUCUCCAUCCCCAUCUCUUCUCGAAUGAGCCCAGCCACCAUGGUCUUCAUCAACUUGGUGGGAGUGGUGGCCACAUUCCUGUUCCUCCUCUUUUUCUACUACAGCGUUGUCUUCUUGUUUGUGGGGACGGCCUGUCUGGGACUGUUCCUCAGCAGUACCUUCCCCAGCAUGCUGGCCUACACUGAAGACAUCCUCCAGUAUAAUGGCUGUGCAACCACAAUGCUGGUAACAGGGGCAGGAAUUGGUGAGAUGACACUCCAGUUAUUCAUUGGCUCGAUUAUCCAAGUGCUGGGCAAAUACAGCUUCCUGGUCUGCGGCGUGAUCUUUGGCUGCCUGGCUUUUACCUUCUACAUCAUGCUCCUGUUUUUCCACAGGAUAUACUCCAGGCCCUCAUCAGUCUUGACCUUGGACAAACCACCAGGGAUAGAAAGUUCUGAAGUCUACCAUCAGUAAAAGUCAGGUGAAGAAGACAAAAGG